AAAGAUGAAAUGAGAACUGUAGCUAGAUCGAGAGCUGGGGAACAAGGUCGAGAAGGGGAUUCCGGCGGCCUUGCUAGGAGCUGAUCUGCCAUCGGCAGCACCGAGCUUGCAGGCAGUCGGCAGUUGUGGAUUGGCAUAGGCACACAUGACACACCGCAUUCCCCCGUGAGAAGGAUGAACCAGAGUGAGCUGGAGAGACAGGCCGCGGCGCCGGCGGGCGGAGGCGGAAGAGAUUCCGGCCUAACCAAUCCAGGAGCAGAUCUAUCGUCAGCUGAUCAGCAAUCACAAGGUGAAGCUUCAGAGCCUGCAGAUAUGUCAACAAUACCGGAUAAAUCUGUGGUAUACCACGGAGAAGGAAUGUUUUCUAAGGGGCAUCAAGGGGGUGUAGAAGUGAGCAAGAACUGCCCUUUCCAGGUCAAAGUGCCAGUAGAGCCCAAGCACAUGAUGUUCCAAAUGAUGCGGCGCUGGAUAAUGGAUGCCUUUAAGGUAGAUAAAGCCACUCACGACAUCACCCUGCGGUACUUGGUGUGCGUGAAAAAUACUCGGUUACCACGCCGGCAUUACUACAUGCUGGUCGAUAUACCUGGGGACGAUGCCUGGGCAACAUUUGUGGAUAUGACAUCGCGCUUUGGUGGAUCAUUCGUGCUCUACGCCCAGUGGCAUGCUAAAGCCACAGCACCUGAUCUUGUUCCUGAUGGCGCCAGCACUAGCAACAGCGGAGCAGCGACGAGGCCUGCUGCAGCGAUGGCAGCCGCGCCCAAAGAGCCCGCUGUGAUGCAUGGACACGGUGAGAGCUGGCCACUGUGCAAGCACGGCAAGCCGUGCAGCAUCGAGACUACAUGGGGUAAUCUUGACCCAGGCCGACGGUUCUAUCGCUGCCGUCUCUCCCCGGCAGGCAAAGAUUGUGGGUUCACGAAGUGGCUGGAUGACAAGUUCCCUGAGAAGGCGACCAAGCACAUCAACAGCCUCCUGAGCAGCGUGGAGUGCCUGGAGCAGGAGGUCGAAAACCUCCAGGAGGAGAUCGAUGAGUUCCGUCAUCGGUACGUGAUCAACAGCCACUGUGCUCCUCGCGACACCCAAAGCGGUGGGCCUCGCCCGCGCCAGGUCCGUAGAUUGGUCAGGCACAAAUGAAUAGGCUAGCUUUUGUGAGUUGUGUCAUCAGUUACAAGCUGCAAGCUCCCAGGACUCAAUAGAGUAGCGUAGGCUAGUUUCGUCCUGCCAUGGGUGUGUGUUUCGUGUUCAGUCACCGUCAGCAGUUGUUCAGUGUAUCGUGUCGCGUGAGCGUGAUCCGUAGCAUAGCCGCAUCGAUCACUAGAUUGGUUUGACCUGCUGGCUGCGGUUUCACUCGUUAUUAUUCUAGAUGAGUUUGUUUGUCUGAACAAUAUGAAUCGUGUGUCUGUGAUGCCACUAUUAAUUGCGUAUCUGGUAUUUGAUCUGGCCCUGAAGGGUUUGGCUA